AGGCAGACUGGUUUAGCUCUCAAAAGUGAAAAUUUUCUUGAUCUUUCUUCUUAAGUAAAAAAAAUAAUAAUAAUUAAGUAGAGUAAGAGACUGAAAACUGCAGCCCACCUAAGUUUAAUCAUUAAUAGUGAGUUCUUUGGUGACCUUAGGUCCUCAUUUUGGAGUUUGGAAUCUGACCUUUCCCCAAAGAUAAACAUGCUUGUUGCAGGUUCUGAGGAGGGUCACUUCCUCGCUGCCAUCAGAAGAGUCCACUUCUCAGUGACUCCUGGCUGGGAACUGGAUGCAUUAGAGGGUAGCUAGUCAAUAUGAUUCUCCUCGCCGUGCUUUUUCUCUGCUUCAUUUCCUCAUACUCAGCUUCAGUUAAAGGUCACACAACUGGUCUCUCAUUAAAUAAUGACCGGCUAUACAAACUCACAUAUUCCACCGAAGUUUUUCUUGAUCGGGGCAAAGGAAAACAAGAAGACAGUGUAGGCUACCGAAUUUCAUCUAAUGUGGAUGUCAUCUUACUCUGGAGGAAUCCUGAUGGCGAUGAUGACCAACUUAUCCAAAUAACAAUGAAAGAUGUAAAUGUUGAAAAUGUGAAUGAGCAGAGAGGAGAGAAGAGCAUUUUCAAAGGAAAAAACCCACCCAAAAUCAUAAGAAAAGAAAACUUAGAAGCUUUACAAAGACCUGUGCUCCUUCAUCUAGUCCACGGAAAGGUCAAAGAGUUCUACUCAUAUCCAAAUGAACCGGUGGCUAUAGAGAAUCUCAAGAGAGGACUGGCUAGCCUAUUUCAGAUGCAGUUAAGCUCUGGAACCACCAACGAGGUAGAUAUCUCUGGGGAUUGUAAGGUGACAUACCAGGCUCAUCAGGACAAAGUGACCAAAAUUAAGGCCUUGGAUUCAUGCAAAAUAGAGAGAUCUGGAUUUACAACCUCAAAUCAGGUCUUGGGUGUCACUUCAAAAGCCACAUCUGUUACUACCUAUAAGAUAGAAGACAGCUUUGUUAUAGCUGUGUUCGCAGAAGAGACCCAUGCUUUUCGGAUGAAUUUUCUACAGACCAUCGCAGGCAAUAUAGUAUCAAAGCAGAAAUUAGAGCUGAAGACAACUGAAGCAGGCCCAAGACUGAUACCCGGAAAGCAGGUUGCAGCCGUAAUUAAAGCUGUUGAUUCAGAGUACAGGGCCCUUCCCAUUGUGGGACAGAACUUCCAGAGCGAGUGUAAAGGAUGCCCUUCUCUGGCGGAGCACUGGCAGUCGACCAGAAAACACCUGCAGCCUGACAACCUCUCCAAGGCUGAGGCUGUCAGAAGCUUCCUGGCCUUUAUUCAGCAUCUCCGGACUGCAAGAAGAGAAGAGAUCCUCCAGAUCCUCAAGGCUGAAAGCAAGGAAGUGCUGCCUCAACUGGUGGACGCUGUCACCUCUGCUCAGACUUCAGACUCAUUAGACGCUAUUUUGGACUUUUUGGAUUUCAAAAGUGACAGUAGUGUUAUCCUCCAGGAGAGGUUUCUCUAUGCCUGUGGAUUUGCCUCCCAUCCCGAUGAAGAACUCCUGAGAGCCCUCAUUAGUAAGUUCAAAGGUUCCUUUGGGAGCAAUGACAUCAGAGAAACUGUUAUGAUCAUCGCUGGGGCCCUCGUCAGGAAGCUGUGUCAGAAUGAAGGCUGCAAACUCAAAGCAGUGGUAGAAGCCAAGAAGUUAAUCCUGGGAGGACUCGAAAGAGCAGAGAAAAAAGAGGACACCAUGAUGUACCUCCUGUCUCUGAAGAAUGCACUGCUCCCGGAAGGCAUCCCACUCCUUCUGAAGUAUGCAGAGGCAGGGGAAGGGCCCAUCAGCCACCUUGCCACCACCACACUCCAGAGAUACGAUGUCCGUUUCAUAACUGAUGAGGUAAAGAAGACUUUGAACAGGAUAUACCACCAGAAUCGUAAAGUUCAUGAAAAGACUGUACGCACUACUGCAGCCACUAUCAUUUUAAACAACAAUCCAUCCUACAUGGAAGUAAAAAACAUUCUACUCUCUAUUGGGGAGCUUCCCAAAGAAAUGAAUAAAUACAUGCUUGCUGUUGUUCAAGACAUCCUACGUUUUGAAAUGCCUGCAAGCAAAAUGGUCCGUCGAGUUCUGAAGGAAAUGGUUAUUCAUAAUUAUGACCGUUUCUCCAAGAGUGGGUCCUCUUCUGCCUACACUGGCUACAUAGAACGUGCUCCCCACUCGGCGUCUACUUACAGCCUGGACAUUCUUUAUUCUGGUUCUGGCAUCCUAAGGAGAAGUAACCUUAACAUCUUUCAGUACAUUGGGAAAGCUAAUCUUCACAGUAGCCAGGUGGUCAUUGAAGCCCAAGGACUGGAGGCCUUGAUUGCAGCUACUCCCGAUGAGGGGGAGGAGAACCUUGACUCCUACGCUGGCAUGUCAGCCAUCCUCUUUGAUGUUCAGCUCAGACCUGUCACUUUCUUCAAUGGAUACAGUGAUUUGAUGUCCAAAAUGCUGUCAGCAUCUGGUGACCCUGUCAGUGUGGUGAAGGGACUCAUUCUGCUGAUAGAUCAUUCCCAGGAGCUUCAGUUGCAAUCUGGACUAAAGGCCAAUAUGGAUGUCCAGGGUGGUCUAGCUAUUGACAUUUCAGGUGCAAUGGAGUUUAGCCUGUGGUAUCGGGAGUCUAAAACCCGGGUGAAAAAUCGGGUGGCUCUGGCAAUAGUUGGCAGCAUCACCGUUGACUCCUCUUUUGUGAAAGCUGGCCUAGAAAUCAGUGCAGAAACAGAAGCAGGCCUCGAGUUUAUCUCCACGGUGCAGUUUUCUCAGUACCCGUUCUUGGUUUGCAUGCAGAUGGACAAGGAUGGAGUUCCAUUCAGGCAAUUUGAGACCAAGUAUGAAAGGCUAUCCACAGGCAGAGGUUACGUCUCUCGGAGAAGAAAGGAAAGCCUCGUAGCGGGAUCUGAAUUCCCGCUCCACCAAGAGAACUCUGACAUGUGCAAGGUGGUGUUUGCCCCUGAGCCUGAGAGUAGUUCUGGCGGUUGGUUUUGAGACUGAUGGCUAAGGUUUCGCUCGGCUCUGUCUUCUGAGAAGGGUACGAUGUGACACGCCUAUAUACUUGCUCUCUCAGAGCACAGUGUUUACAUAUUUACCUGUAUUUAAGAUUUUUGUAAAAACCUCUGAAAAACCUCAAAUGAUUAAAUAUGGGCCCAAUUCCGUGUAGUACUGAUAGUGUCAUUUUGAGCCAACGUGUGAGACGCUUCCAGCAGCGUUCCUAGUGUUCUGGUACCUCUGUCCGUCCCAUUUGGUACAGCGGUAAGAGUGUUAUUCCAAGGAGAAGCAAUUGUCUGUAAAACACAAAACAAAACACACGUACCCUCAGGAGAACCCAACUUUGUUUCAACGAUUUUCAGUCAAUGUUUUUGAAGCUCUCUAUAGGACCUUACACAUGCUUGUUUCUACCAAAUAUCUUGCCUAAUCGGGGAAAAAAAAACAAAAACAAAACAAACAAACAAGAAAUGACCUUUUUUUUUGAGGGGAAGUUGGGGGAGGCAAUAAGACUUUCUAAAGACUUUUUUCACAGCUUCAAGGUUGGAUAUUUAUCUCUUUGUCAUUAGUUUUACGAAGCACUGAGGUAGAAGGCACACAGAAUUCAAACACAGCAUCAUCUUUCCACUGACCACAUGGUCACGUUGCUAGAAGAAAGCCAUUUUGCCCUCUGCCUUCUGCCCUGCAAGGAUAUUGGACUUAGCAGUACAAGUUAGAAAUCCGAACUUCAAAAACUCCAUUUGAUUUUACUUGUGCUGUGUCCCUUUGAGACUGCAAUGUGGGACACUGUCCUUUCUAAGGGACAUUUUCAUAUGUUCAUUAGUUUUUCUUUCAUUCAAGUGUUUUGUGGUGGAAGUUCUAGUGUGUUUGACUACAGUCUGUAUAAAACCCAGAAUGGCCAAGAGCAUUUACUACUGCUUUAAGAACCUGAUGGAUUUGGACUUCUAAAAUAUGAAAUCAAGAAAAGUUUGUCUUUAUUUGUACAAGUUAAAAGAGCCAUGUUAAACGUUUUCAAAUACCUAUUAAUAAACAAGAUGUAUGUGUUGCUAGUGAUAAACUCAAAACAGGUCACAGGUGCUCAUUUGUCCAUUAAACACAGACACAUACACACAUGCAAUGGAAGUUUAGCUAGCCCACCACUGGUUGUAAAUUUUAAAUGAUAUGUGAUGAAAUAAAUAUAUGGACAUCCUA